AUGGCGUCACGCGCUGCGAUUCUUCCUAAAUUAAGUAUCUUCAAAAUUGCAAUUGAUGGACCUGCUGCCUCUGGAAAAAGUACAACAUCAAGAUAUGUCGCGCAUCGAUUAGGAUUCAUGCAUAUUGAUUCGGGGGCUAUGUAUCGAGCGAUAACAUUGAAGGCACUUCGCCAAAACAUAAAAUUCGAAUCUCAUAAUGGAAUAUCACACAUAAUCAAUCUAGCACAUAACUCAAGCAUUCAAUUCGCCACCACCAAACCAAUUGGAAGCUCUGGGGGCGACAACGCGCCACAAACCAUGGUCUAUUUAGAUGACGAAGAUGUUUCCGCUGAUAUCCGAACAAUGGACGUAACACGUAAUGUGUCAUUCGUCGCCGCUAUCCCGGAGAUACGGAAAGUCAUGCUCGCCAAACAAAGGGGAUACGCAAAUUCCACGAAUAUUGACGGGGUGGUGAUGGAUGGACGUGAUAUUGGAACUGUAGUGCUUCCCGACGCCCAAUUGAAAAUAUUUCUGACGGCUAAUGCUAAUGUACGAGCGAUGCGACGAUACGAACAAUUGAAACUGAAAGAUAAAAAGGUUGUAUUUGAAGAAAUAUUACGUGAUUUAGAGAAAAGAGAUAAGGCAGAUUUGGAGAGAAAAGUUUCGCCAUUAAGAAAGGCGAUUGAUGCUGUUGUAUUAGAUACAACAACGUUGACCUUGAAUGAAAUUGUUGGAAAAAUUAUAGAAAUGACUAAUAAGCUGAGAAAUAACGCCGCACAAUUAUCAGAAGUUAAUUCACAAUUGAAUGAACUAACAAAACGGACGGAAAUAUAA